AUGGGCUACGGGAUAUCCACCACAAUCCCCCUCAUCCCUCUACCGAAGGAUUCAGUACUCCUUCCUGGGGUCACUCUUCGUAUUCCCAUUGCUACUCGCCCUGAUAUCCCGAUUCUUCUGCAAUCAGCAUUCUCGCAGGCUGCAGCGUCGAGAAAGGGCACUCCGAUCACUGUGGGUUGCGUUCCCUUGAAAUCACCGUACCUGAGCUGUGAUGGUCAACAGCUGCUAGAGAGCAAGCGAGAUGAUCGGGUCAGGCGACUAAACACCGAACCCGAUCCAGAGAAAGCAUCGAAGGAUGAUUUGUUUCGAUACGGGACGGUUGCAAGAUUGAUAGGAGUACAAGGACGAUCCAACGCAGAACCUUCGUUACUGGUAGAGGGCAUACAGAGAUUCCGGAUCGAUCAAGUUUCACAACGCAAACCCUACUUGCAAGCAGAUGUGACCAUCUACGAUGAAGAUCUUCCUGAUGAGCAAGAUGCAGAGCUCCGAGCCAACUUCCACCAACUGAAGCAACUUUCGCGAGAACUCGUCGCGUUACUACGGCUGACAGCGCUUUUUCGCGGAUCUUCUUCGUUGUCACCCCUUGUCGCAAGACGUUUCGAGUUUUUCAUUGCGAAGAAAGAGUUCGCUCAAGCUGGUUCUCUGGCAGAUUUCAUGACAGAUAUGGUAGACGGCAGCUUUGAGGAGAAGCUGCGUGUACUCGCCAGUCUGGAUUUGAAUCAAAGAUUGGAGAGGGUGCUAGAUUUGGUGGAUAGACAGGUUUCAGGCAUCAAGAGCAACAUCAAGAUCACCUCCAUCACGUCCACCUCGGUCCCAACGAACAUGGGCAUCGAUGUCUCCCAGCUCGACCAAAAGCAACGUGAAGCGCUAAUGAAACGUGCCAUGGCAGGUUUGAGUGGCGCCGGUAUGCCGGGAUCAAUAGGCGGUGACCAAGGUGAGGACAGUGAUGUUAACGAACUCGAUGAGCUCAAACAACGACUCGAAAACGCAGGGCUCUCCCUCGAGGCACAGAAAGUUGCGGAUCGGGAAAUGAAGCGCUUGAAGAAAAUGAACCCUGCCAACGCCGAGUAUGGAGUGUGCAGAACUUACUUAGAGAAUCUUGUGGAGAUACCUUGGACGAAAACUACAGACGACGUACUAGGAGCAGACAGUUUGACCAGGGCUCGCAAACAACUUGAUGACGAUCAUUAUGGCUUGGAGAAGAUUAAAAAGAGGCUGCUUGAGUAUCUCGCUGUCCUUAAACUGAAGCAGGCAAUGAACGCGGACAUCGAUGCUCAAAUCUCAAGGCUGACAGGGGAACUUCAAAAUCUUGAGAAAAGCGGAGAUGAGGACGCCCAAUCACGGAACAAUGAGGCUGGUGCAUUGCAAAUCAAGCUUCGUAUGCUUCAGGAACGAAAAGCGGUGGACAAGUCCCCUAUACUUCUUCUACAAGGACCGCCUGGUGUUGGUAAGACCAGCCUCGCGAAAUCGGUGGCAAUGUCACUUGGCAGAAAGUUUCAUCGCAUCUCUCUAGGCGGCGUACGAGACGAGGCGGAGAUCAGGGGUCAUCGUCGAACUUAUGUGGCGGCAAUGCCUGGUCUAAUUGUCAAUGGGCUAAAGAAGGUUGGUGUCUCAAAUCCUGUCUUCCUCCUCGACGAAAUCGACAAAGUCGGCGGCUCGAACUUUCACGGAGAUCCGUCUGCUGCAAUGUUGGAGGUCCUAGAUCCCGAGCAGAAUCACACGUUUACGGAUCACUACGUCAACAUUCCGCUCGAUCUCAGUAAGGUUUUAUUCAUCGCCACGGCAAACACAUUGGAGACGAUUCCGCCUCCUCUUUUGGAUCGAAUGGAAACGAUUACCUUGUCCGGUUACACCACAAUCGAGAAGCGUCAUAUUGCGAAGCAACACCUGAUCCCGAAACAAAUCAAGACCAAUGGUCUUGAUAGCGGUCAAGUUGAGCUCCCUGACGAGGUUAUCGACACAAUUGCGACAUCCUAUACACGAGAGUCUGGAGUCAGGAACCUCGAGCGCGAGAUUGGCUCUAUUUGUAGAUACAAAGCUGUUCAAUAUGCCGACGCAAAGGAUGCAGGCAAGCUUGAAAAUUACAAGCCUCACGUCUCGGUGGAUGAGUUAGAAGACAUCCUCGGCAUUGAGCGCUUUGACGAGGAGAUAGCAGAGAAGGACUCACGACCUGGCAUUGUCACUGGUCUUGUCGCAUACUCCACAGGAGGCCAGGGUAGCAUCCUCUUCAUUGAGGUUGCGGAUAUGCCAGGAACCGGCCGCGUCCAGUUGACUGGGAAGCUCGGUGACGUGCUGAAAGAAUCCGUUGAGGUUGCUCUGUCAUGGGUGAAAGCUCAUUCCUACGACCUUGGGCUCACCCACGACCCGAACGAGGAUAUAAUGAAGAGCCGCAGCGUACAUGUGCAUUGCCCUUCGGGCGCUAUACCCAAGGAUGGUCCUUCGGCAGGCCUAGCUCAUACUGUAGCGUUGAUCUCGCUAUUCUCGGGAAAGGCGGUACCCCCACAGAUUGCGAUGACAGGUGAGGUCUCGCUUCGUGGAAGGGUAAUGCCUGUGGGUGGAAUCAAGGAGAAGUUGAUUGGGGCUCACCGGGCGGGUGUGAAAUCGGUAUUGCUUCCAGAGCACAACAGGAAGGAUGUCAAGGACGUGCCGGUCGAGGUCAAGCGGGACUUAGAGAUUGUCCAUGUAAAGCAUAUCUGGGAGGCUAUACGGUUUAUAUGGCCGGAUUCGCACUGGGCAGGUGAUCAGCAUUUUGCCAGCAUUGAGAGUCGGCUUUAG